AAAAUGAAAUUCGUUAUUGUUUUCGCUGCUCUUUUCGCUGUCGCCUUGGCUGCUCCUCGUCCAGAGGAUGCUCAAGUCUUGCGCUCAGAAUCCAUCGUAGGACCUGAAUCCUUCAGCUAUGCCUAUGAAACCAGCGACGGUGUAUCAGCCAACGCUGAAGGUCACCUAAACAAUGUUGGCUCCGAAAACGAAGCCAUCCAAGUACGCGGUUCAUACAGCUUCGUUGCUGAUGACGGCCAAACCUACACCGUAAACUACAUUGCUGACGAAAAUGGUUUCCAACCACAAGGUGCUCAUUUGCCACAAGCUUAAAUAGUUAAUAUUGU